UGAUUUUGAGAACAUAAGUGGAAACAAGAAAUUUUGGAAGGACGCAAUGGCAAGGAAAAACGACAUUGUAACCGCCACCGGCCUCCUCAACACCACAAGACUAUCUCCAGAUUUAUCUUCGGAUUCCAUCCGUCUGCUCGAUGACUUCAUGAGAUCCAUAAGAGUUUAUGGGACUAGCUUUCCUCCUGAACACCAGGCCAGGGGCGCUUUCUGUCACCUUACUCAAGGUGUCCUCCAUGUCCACCACAUCCAUCCUGGGAAACUCAUGUGCCUGCUAGUCGUCAAACCUGCUAUCAUGAAUGGUUUUGGUGGGAUGCACGGGGUGCGGUUGGUGCAAUAGCUGAGAGAGUGGCGAUUGCUUGGGCUAGAACAAUUGUGGGAAAGGAUAGAGAGCUAUUUCUUGGAGACUUAAGCAUGUCUUACCUCACAUCUGCUCCUCUUAAUGCAGAAGUGAUGGUUCAUGGAUAUGUAGUUAAGAGUGGAAGAAGUAUAAUUGUAGUUGCUAUGGAAUUUAAACCGAAGGACUCUGAUAAAUUGGUUUACAUUUCUCGUGCAACUUUGUAUCAUACAACAGCUGCAAGUUUGUGAACGGGCAAUUCUUUUCUCAAAUAGGUUAACCUUGCUACAACAGACUGGUGUUGCAUCCAGUUUCGAGGGCAUGCCUUCCUGUUUUAUUGAUAUUCAAUUUUACCGUUUUGGUUACUUUUUGGUACAUAUGAAUCU